UUCACUAUGGAAAAUAUGAAUCAGUUCAAAUCCAUCGGUGAACCUAUUGCACCUCAAUUCACUGGAGCAGAGGUAACAUCAAUGUUAACUGUUUCUAGUUCGGCAGAAAACCAGGUGGCCUUAAUGCCAAGAGGAGGAAUUUCCCAGAUUCAGGGGCAAAAUUUUUCCGGAGGUUAUGAUCUGUUUACCCAAGUACUUCAAAUGGAGAAUUCACCUAUGCAUCCUUUUGCUAUGUCAAAUGACUACACAGCUAGUUCUAGUCAGACAAUGAGGACAACUGAAAGAUCUGCAAUACCACCACCUCUUCAGAGUGAUGCUACACUGAACUCUCAGAGGGCUUGGAACCCUAUGCGGCUCCAACAGAAUCAAUUAUCUGGUGCUGCUGCUGAUGCUAAUAGUUCACCGUCCUAUAAUAAUUACAUGCAGUAUGCCCCAGUCUAUAAUCCAAACAACCAAUCCCAAGUUGCUGUCCGUAAUGCUUAUGGAGAUCAAAUUAUUCAUCCUGCUCAAUUCUCCAGGCUGGAGCAAUCAAUUGUUUUACCUGCGAAUGGAAUAAUUCCUGAAUUUCCACCUCGAGACUCACUUUUUCCAAAUCCAUUUGCCAAGAAUCCCAAAGGAAGGGCUCUAUUAGCUGAUCAAUAUAAGGCUCUGAUGCAAAAUCAGGGACAAAACUUGAUGAUGGGAAGGGGACGAGUAGAACGAUCAUGGGAUGCUUCAAAAUUAGAAACUGGGGAAGGCUCAUCUUCUGAACGUCAUAAGCAGACGAAUUCACCACCACGAAAUUAAGGACCUAAUGUAGGCCCUGCACUCCAGGGACCAAACAAUGCACCUGAAAAUCCAAGGGUUGUGGAUCUGACCAUUAACUCUGGAAACAAUAGGGAAUUUAUUAGCAACUCUCUCUAUGACCCUGCUUAUGAGACUCUUGGCCUACCAAUUGACCCCCAUCUCAGAUUGUUCCAAGCAAUGGCUG